GCAGUGUCUGUACCCUGCGGUCAUUUGACUCUUUCUUUGUUGAGCUGUUUCACAUUCCUUCACUAGUUGACAUACAUUCCUUGAAGACAAACAGGUGACCUUACAGGAAGUAGCUUUGUUACACAACUGACAGUCAGCAAUGGUCAGAGUCUGUGAGGCUUGAGCCAGUGACUGCCCUGCUAUCUGGAGCAUCACAAAGGCAGCUGGAUUCUGAUCUCGGACUGCACGCAAGCCUGCAGCGAUGAUAAGGAAGGUGUUCGUUUCCCCUGGCCAGCCCGGGCCCUUGGACCCUCAGGAGACCAUGAGGAACCUGAACGAACGGCUAGCUGGCUUCCUGGAGCAGGUCCGCAGCCUGGAGGAGAUCAACCAGGGGCUGGAGGGGCAGAUCCAUGGCUGGAUGAAGAGCCACGCGCCCCAGCAGAGGGAGUGGAGCCAAGCAUUGGAGGCGCUGACCCAGCUCAGGGAGGAAGUACACAGUCUGAUGGUAGAGAACGCAAACCUGACCCUUCAGUUUGACACCACACACAUGGAACUGACACAUCUCAAAACCAGGUGUGCCGCAGAAGAGUCCCGAACAAGACUGAUGGAAGGUAAGGUGUCGGCCCUCCGUGAGGUGCAGCGUUGCCUGGAUCAGCAGAGCUCUGAGCUGCAGGGAGAGCUGGAGAGGAGGAUGGGGGAGAUCAGAGACUUACAGCUGGGUCACAGUGAGGCAGUGCAGGCUCUGCAGCAGUCUUGUCUCCUCGCUCCUGAUGUUCUGCUAGUGCUGUCGGAGGACGAUGGGAGAGGAAUGGAACUCUCCCAACUCCUCAGUGAGAUCAGGACCCACUACGAGAGCCUCGUUAGCAGCAGCAGCAAUGGGAUGAGGGCCGAGGUCCGGGGAAGCACAGCCAUCACCCAGCUUGAGGAAGAGGCAGCCCAGGUGAGUAUGAAUACAGACGGGGAGGCGUUGAAGGCCGCAAGGGCAGAGUUAAAUGAGGCUCGACGACAGUGGCAGAGUCUGGAGGUGGAGAUCGAAUCCCUCCACGCACUGGAGAAGGGUCUGGAGAACUCCCUGCUGGCCUCAGAACAGCAGUACGAGAGUGAGCUCCAUAGCCUGGCCGUUGUGAUCCAGGGGCUGGAGACUGAGCUAAGGGAGAUGAGGCAGGGCAUCGAGAGCCAGAGGCACCAGCACGAGAAGCUGUUCAACACCAAAGAGCUUCUGGAGAGGGAGAUUGCCACUUACCGCAGCCUGCUGGAGAGAGAGGAGAACAGGCUCCAUGGAUCAGAUGGCUCCAGGAAUAUUUUGGAAUCAGGCAUCUCUGGGAAUUCUCUGGAAUCAAGAACCUUAAUAGACGACAUGGAGUCGCGUCCUUCCUGCCACUUAAAAAAAUCACAUCCCCCCGGGAAUGUAAUGAAAGGGAACACCUCCAGGAAUGAGGGGGACUGCCCGCCCUUGAGGAAUGGCAUGGAACCGAGCAGCCUGAAGAACCAUGUGGUGCCUAUGGCUUCAGAGAAUAACAUGAAGAAGAAAUCAAAACCACUGCGGAGACAGAAAAGCUUAGUGUUACUUCCAGCCUUGGAUAUUGAGAAGGAUACGAGGAUUGAGACCGUGACCACCCACGAGAUCCUGCAGGGCAACGUGCUGAGGGAGAGUGCAGAGGCCCAUGGAACCAUAGAGAAAGAGAAGAUUGACGAGGUGAUAAAGGAGUGGGAGGGCUCGUUCUUCAAGGGGAACCCUCACCUGCGGAAGAAGUCUGUGUCGCUGCGCUUCGAUCUCCACCUGGCCGUGGCCAACGAGAGCUGUGCUGAGACCACGGAGGACAGUGUGGCCGACGUGGAGGUCAGGCUGGUCAUGAAGAGAUCUCGAAGCGUCGCCACCAUCACCCCCUAACAACCAGGGACAACCCCCCAAACAACAACACCCCAACAACAGCACCCCACCACCAACCAGAGCAACAGAGGGUCUGACACAGCAGUCUUACUAAAGCUUACAAUGACAUUUUCUCACCUACCAUCAGCAUAACCACUCAGCUUGUAAGUCACAUGUUAUUGGUUUAGGAGAUGUUGGAAUCUGAGAUCCAUACACAAGAUAGGUGAUUGGUUGAUUGCUCUUUUUUAUUUUUUUGUAAUACCUAUAAGCCACUCAGUGGUAGAAUAUGAGGUAACGCUUAAAUGAAUCUGGACUAGAUGUUUUUUGGAGCCAUGGAAAUUAGUCCCAAAAACUUGACUUUUUAUUUCAUCCUUAUCUUAAUGAGAAACUUUCAAAAAUCUGUAUGAGAGAAUGAACACAUUUUUGUAAUGUAGGAUCGGGAGCCAGGAAUGGAGACAAGUUAGCAAAGUCUUCGAUAAGGAACUUUAUCUUGUGGCAGGAAAAACAAGCUAGUCAAAAGGGUCAACAACAAAACAGUGAUGGACUGGUUGAGAAUGCUGUUAUGCUUAAUGUGUUUUUUAUGUUUUAUUAAUCCUGGGUUAUUAGAUAUUUAAAGGUAGUACACUUUGCAGCUAGUGGUUUAAAUGUAAUGCAUUUUUACUGCAGUUGAACUGUAAUUGUUUUUGAUGGGGGCAGAUUGAAGGUAGCCCACAGUGCAAGGAUAAUGGUUUGCUCACAUUGGAUUAUGGAUGUACUGUUCUGUACAGGUGAUCUAAAGUAUACUGUAUGCUAUCUAAAUUGUAAUUGUAAAUUGCCAUGACAUCAUAAUAGUUAAUUAGGUAAUUCAGUGUUGCCAAAUCUGUGCCAAAAUGACAUCAUAUUACAGUAGUGUGGCACCUGAUUCCAGAACGCUGGUGGAUUAUAGAAUGAAUACUUUAUCCUGCUAAUGAUAUAACAAGUUGUAAGAAGCCCUUUUUGUGAGCUCUUAAGAUAAAGGAAUUCUACCAAAGAUUAUAAAAAAAGCUGACUUACAAAAAUGGCCUUAUAAAAGUUUCCAAUACUAUAAGCCUAGCAAAGUGUAAUAAAGCAUAGGUAAGAAUAGUGAGGUAUGGUAAAGCAUAUUAACAAACAAGGCAAGGCUGAGUAUACUAUGAUAUAACUGCUAAAAUAUCCUGCAAAAAUCCAGUGGUAAACUUUUAGAAUGGCUAACCAGCAGACGUAUUUUACUGUGUUAGAGAAAAUGCAAAGAAUCGUUUCUAUUUUUUUUUCCUCUAAAUAUAUUUCUAUUACAAAUACAUGUUAAUAUGUCAGAAAAAAAUAUAUAUCAUUAUUUAUUAUAUAAAUUAGGAAAGUACAGAGUUAUUAAUUACAUACUGAUGCAAAAUCCAUAGUACUGUGUGCUUCAGAAAGAUGGCACCGAUGCACUACUGGAGUGAAAUAUGACCUUGCCUUGAAUUCUUAUUUCCCAAACUUGUUUAUUGACAGAAUUAACCAGGGAUCUUAGUAAACCAAUAUUUCUGUGCAAUAGCCUAUUACUUGUUUAUAUAAAGCAUACCCUUGCUUUAUAACAAAUAUCAGGCUACCACACCCUGACUUCCAGCAAUAGAAGAUUAUUAAGAUUACACCCUAAAUAUUAUAAUAUGCAACAUGACCACAGUGUGCUAAUGGAGUUCAGAUGAGUGCAAAGUACAAGCAACAGCUCAGUUUAUCACCUAUCCCCUCAUUAUAGUAUGUUGAGUUAGAUUGAAGAAACUGAUCGAAUAAGAUUAUUACAGUGAGCAAACAAUGCUAAUGCAAUUCUUUCUGGAGUUUCAUCAUUAUAGUUUAUUAUAAACAGGACUGGUUUAGCCUUCCCCUUAAUGAAGGCCCUUCAAAAGAAUAUGAGAUGCACUGCAAUUCAGCUAAUCUUUGAGCAAUGUAUAUCUUUUCUAAUGUAUAUUGCGAUAUAGGACAGUAUAUGCACUUUUUUGAGAUGCAGGUCAUAUACAGUAUAUUCUACAUGUUAAUAUAAUUAUAGUAGAAUAAAGAAACAAACACUAUUUAGCUUUUAUUUGUAGGUGCCUAAUUGUUUCUAAUAAUAUUAACGAUCUCAAUGGUAACCCUAAUGUUACAAGGAUAAUAUUACUAACCCUCAUUAUAGCAAUGAUUUUUGAGCUAAUCAAUGCUGCAUCCGGAAUGUACAAUGCAUGUGCUCAUUAAUAUCUUGAUUUAGUAUGCAGUUGCUUGAUGUGCUUGCUUUACCAUGCUGAAAUGUAGUACCUCUAUUAGACAUUUUCACUUGGGAAUUAUUUGUGGAAUUUUACAUUUAAAUUGAGGUUUUUGCUUUGUAACCAAA